AUGGCGGAAUCCGAAGGAGCGAAGAGAAAUAACGAAAUCGCGAGUAAAGUUUUCGUGUUUACUGCGCCUCGUUUUGAAACAAACGUAAAUGCUAUACAAAAGCAAGGUAAUUCGUUGGAUAGUGAAGCAAAUUGAUCGCAUUUAAAGUUUACUUUAUGCUUGUAUAAAAAAUUGUUCUUGACAAUAUUAGAGACCUCUUCGCUUCUCGUAUCAUUGAGAGUCGCGUGUUCCGUGCAUGACUUAAGAAGCUGAAUUGGGUCUUAAAUUGCAUUCUUUUUAAAGAGUAACUCUUUAAAACGAUUUUGUUUUCUAUUAGCUCACCUAAAGAGGAAGCAUUUCAACUGGGAGGUGAUCCAUUUUGAUGUAGAAGUCAAUACUACAGCCAAGAAGAUUAAAACUCCCAGCACUUCAAUGAAAGAAACGUUUUCCAGCGGCUCGACAGAAAGCACCGAAGCAUUUUCUACACUAAAUUUGCAGCAUGAAUCUGAAGUUAUUCGAAAUUCUGUCAUAGCUUAUUUAGAAGAUACUUUUAGUGAGAAUAGCAGACAAUCUAGCCAGGGUUUUAACACAAACACCGAGUCUGAAGAGAAAUCAGAGGAUAAUAAUCCAUCAGAUACAGCACUAACCAAACUGUCAGCCCAACAAGAAUACGCAGCUUCACUAGAGCAAAGCCAAAGGCUAUUUGACAAAAUGCAAGGAUUUGUUGAAAUGUCAAUAGAUGAAUCACGCAAAUCUGAAAGUCAAUCGACUACUGAGGGUUUUAGCCAAACAGAAGAUACGCAGUCCUUUUCAAAUUCAUUAACAUCUGAUGAAAAUUUGGAUACACACAUAUCUCCAUUUACAAAGUUAUCCGACUGCACCAAACAUCUCUCAACUGUCAACAUCUUUGUGGUGGUAUUGCAAGUUAACCCAAUGAAAGAAAUCAAAAUAAAAUCGGGUAUAAAUUCUGGUCAGUAUAUAAAGGUGAGUACAGGUGUGGUAUAUCCUCAUACUGUUGGGUUAAGCCUGCUACUGUAGCUCAAGGUUAGGUUGAUCCCUGUGCCUGAAAACUUGUGUAAGUUGAGUUGUGGUUGAUUCUCUCCAGUGCUGGGAUGGAUAAUUUUCCUGUGGUUAGAAUUUGUAGAGUUUCGUUGGUUCUCUCCUGUUUUCUCAGCCCUCUAGGCCUUGGUUGUUGAGCACAUUUAUCAUGAGCCUCUGGCUUGUGUGAAUUGCACAACCGUACCCUGUGUAAUUGACAUCAAUUAACAUAUGCAUUACUACAAUUAAAGGUGUCUUCAAUUCUUGUUGGUGACUGUACCAAAGAGUAUUUCAAAAUAACAUUCUGGCGGAAAGCUGCAGAAUGGGUGAACAACCUCAAAGAAGGACAUGUGUUGCUGGUGAAAAAACUGAAAGUUGAAAAAUGGAACCAAGAGUUUUAUGGUCAAAGUACUUAUGGUACCACACUUGUAAACCUACAGAGAGAUGGUACUAACAGUCACAGAGUACCAGCACAGUGGUUGACUAUUGUUAAUCACGCAGAAGCCAAGUCGUUGCUGAAAUGGUUAAAACGCAAACACCCUUACUUGAGCACAAACAAAACAUCGCGUUGUGAAGAUGUGCAGUGGAAAACAUUGAAACAGUUCGUGCCGAACACACUGGUUCACUACACAGCAAAAAUAGUCAAAGUUUUAACGUAUGGUAGUACAAAAGGCAAAUACGAGUACGAAAAACGUCAAAUAAAUAAGACCGUCGCAGGUAGGCACCUAAUCGUGCUUUAGACUGUACAGAAUCGUAUAUUAAUAAACUAAACCCCCGUUUACACUUCGCUCAAUUUUCGGUACCGUACCACUUUUUUGGUUCUCGGACUACCUAAAUAGGUAGUCCAAGAACCAAAGUGGUACGGGUACCAAUUUUAUCCGUGCCGUACCAAAAAUUGAGCGUAGUGUAAACAGGGCUGAAAAUCAGGGCUGUACACAGGAUUUUUCACUAGUGAGGCAGUAAUACUUAUAUGCUGAAAUAAGUCUCCAAAAGUGAUAUCAGAUGAACUUCCACAUUUUCCACUGUUUUCAAUUCCUCUUCACUUACCUAAGUUAUCUUAUGUUUUAUGUAUAUUUUACAGUUGCUGUUGACCAAGAAACUUCAGAAGAGGUUCCUAUCUGUUUGUGGGGCAGCCAGGCUGAUUGGCAAUACGAGUUGAAAUCCAAAAUAGGACAAACCUGGAACUUCACAUUCCUACGUGUUGAAUGCAACAGCGUCCAUGGUCAACUAUCUCUACACACAACACCACAAUCUACCAAGAAGCUGCGAAAUGAAGAAACGAGUCUUUUUGGUCGUGCUGCGCGUUUGGGACCCCCAAAGAAAGAUAACUCAACUUUUUCUAGUAUUUCCGAACUGUUGAAAGCUAACUUGAGUGGAAAGGCGACCAUUUCUGCUGGAGUUACUAAUAUCACCUACACAGAAGCUCUAAAUUCUCGACAUUCUGAAAGAAGCAUAGAUAAAACUUCAGAGAUGGCAACAAUACUUGAAUUCUUUCGUGGAUUAGUAUACCUUGGUUGUAAGUUAUGUUUCAGAGCUUUAAAACAGGACCACAACGGUAUUUAUACGCACUGUUCGUAUUGUAUACAACAUAAUACAAGUUAUUUGUACGGUGUAAUGUAUUACUUCGGGCCGUGCUGCGUGUGUUUGUCAGAUAAAUCAGCUUCUAUCAUCGCUAAGUCAUGCCAUGAGUCCACAAGAAAGUUUCUAAAGGAUGUCAGGCCACAAGAUGUUUCGGAAGAAGUCAAUUGCGAGUUAUUUGAAAGAUUAAAGGGUGUCUUUGAUACAGUGAAUAAAAAUGUUAAAGUUGUUCUCAAUUGUGAAACUGUACUAGAUGAAAAUGGUUUCGUUAAAAGUAAGAACUUUGAACUUCUCGACUUACAAAUGUAA